AUGGCGGAUCUAUUAGCACACUUUCCGGCUCAGGAACAAGUUUUAUGCGCAGAAGUUGAUGAUGCGCCGGUUGAAGGAGGUACAACCGAAACUAGGGGUGGAAACGGACCUGGCCUUGUUGAGGGCAGGGUAACCUCAGUUCUGCCAACAAAUAGGUUUGAGGACGCUCAUGCUGCACUUCUGAGAUCUCCGCUCACUCACAAGGAUCAGUCCAGAACUCACCAGAAUGUUCGAUACGAAGUCACGAUUGGCACAUGCGAUUGCGACGAAGAGAACAAUUCGCACUACGAAAGAUGCGGGGCAUGUGCACCCAGAAUGACAUGCACAUGCCCCGCAUCUGUCAUCGCUGGUGUAGCCUGUAUCCACCGCCACGCGGUUGCCACCUUUAGCGCUGAAGCUCGCAAUAUGUUGCCUGUACCGCGUAAUUGGCUUUCUUCAAACAAAGCGGUCAUGGAUCCACCUAGUCCAUGUGCAUUCGAAGACGCUGAAGAAAUCGUACCCGCCGCUGAUUUAUACACGUCCGAUGAAUACUUUGAUCCGGAACAUACAACAUCAUCGACAUUCGAAAACUGUCCUUCAGUUGAUGUCCAGGACAAGGCAAAGGAAGAGUUCAUCCAAUUUGACACUGUAUGUACUACUCCAUUCAACAUCCCCUUUAAUCAAUUGCGCGAAGCUGCUGUGGGUGUUAUGGAACGUUGCCUUCCCGAAGAGAAGACUCGUCCUCUGUUUCUGCCAGUGGAGUGGAGAUCAUCUCUUGUUCUUUAUGACGGUGUCACCGAUCUUGUAACCCUUCCUAAAAUGAGUACGAUGCGAAUUGCGCUGAACAGCACUGCUAUGGAUCUCAUGUUCUACCAUAAUCCCUUGUAUCGUACUGAGAUUGGUGGUAUGGUCAAGCAACUGAACCGAAUAUAUUUACUUUUUAUUGGGAAUAAUCCCAACUUUCUUAGUACAGUGUCAGUUUUGCGCAUUCACUUGGAUCUGUCAUACCUUACGACAUAUUACUUCAUUGGUCUCCUCUUGUGCUUUAUGACAAAUAUGUUACUCAGGCAGUGGCCUGAUCUUCAUAUGAAAGAAUGCACUGACCCUUCUAGUCUUGAGGUUUUAAAGGCUUUCCAGCAGGCUAGGGAUAGAUUGUGUGAGAAAAUCAAGGAAGGAAUCAAUGAAAUGUCGCGAAGCAAAGACGAGGAACUUCAGUGUAACGUAAAUUAA